UUACCUUCCAGAAAACACCAUUGUGAUGUGGUAUAACACCUCCCACCUGCUGUACGUGAGAACCAAUAACCACACCAAUGAUCCUCGACUAUCCCUUGGUAAGGAUUCUUCGUUGACAAUUCGCAACGUGCACGCCAGUGACGAUUCGAUCUACAAGUGCACUGUACUGCCGAUUCAGAAGUCCGCCUACAUUACCCUGAAAGUUAGAGGCCCACCACACAACGUCCGGAUAACGCACGGAAACUCCGACUACACCGACCGGGAGUUGGAGAUUCAACAGCGUGAUCGCAAGUUCAUCAUUCACUGUCGUGCCUUGGGUUAUCCGACGCCAUCGAUCACGUGGUCUUUUCGGGGAAAACACCUGGACGAUAGCUACGCCAAACAUACUGGGAUCAUGAUUCGCAAAGAAUUCCUCGAAAUUCACGAUGUUAAGGCUCAUCAUGCGGGAGAGUAUGAGUGUCUAGCCCAAAACGGUAUCGGAGAACCAGUGAGUGCGAUCGUCAAUGUGCAGAUCAAAUCCAACGCCACAAAGCCCGGAUCAGGUGAAGAUGGUGGCACUACAGUGUUUCCGGAAGACAAAGAAGCAAGCCCAUCGAUAGUGAAGCACGUCGAUUACCUGAAUACGGCCAUCGGGGAGAACGCGGAACUGGUCUGUCUGUAUCACAGCAAUCCGGAAGCUCGCAAGGUCCAAUGGUUGCGAGGUGAUGAAGUGCUUCAUCCCAGUGCCAAACACGGUAUCAACGAAGAUCGCCACAACCACCACCAGCGUACCCGACUUACGGUGAGGAACGUCGAGCAGAAGGAUCUGGUUGCUUAUCUGUGUAAGGUCGAGAAUGCGCUGGGAGAAUCAUCGGCGAAGACGAUUCUCGGUUUGCUGCCCGGAGCUGCUCAUCUGAUUCAUUCCAAUUACUCCAACGGCCUGUUGCACACUGUGUGGAGGGUGCGAAGUGCCCAACCGCUAUCCGACCUGCAGAUCCUGUACAAGGGCGAAAAUACGAAAUACUUGACGAUCGAUGCCACAAUAUCGGAACAAAACAAGGAAGAAUCCGGUGAUGUUUGGAACAUCAAACGCUCGAUCCGGCUGCCGGAAGGCGAAUGGUUCAUCACUGCUCGGGCCAAGAACACCGAGGGUUGGUCCUACACGGAAACCACUCCGAUGCAGUUCGUAAUCCCCAGCGAGGUCUCGCUGGAAACGCAGGGCCUCAGCGAGAGUGGCUCCAGUCCGGUCCAUUCGCUCAGUUUAGGGUUCUGCUUGCUACUGGUCUCCCUGCUUUGCAGGUUGUACUAGGUCGGAAUCGUGCGUCGUAGUGUAACUAUUUAAAUAGUUUUAUGUGAAAAAAAAAACGAAAUCUGGUCGCAUUACCCUCCCAUCCCUAUUUGAUUGGAAUUUGUAUACAUGUUUGGAAUGAUUGUGCCUCAUCCGGGGCAUCGGUUGUCGACCAAAGAGAGGGACAAAAGAUAGAUCUGCUGAAUCGGUCGAAUUCGGCGAUGAAUGCUUCGCCGCCGCGUUGCUACCUGUGUAUAGUUUUAAAUUUUCACAAAGUGGGUUGUUGCAUUCUCACAAUACGUUUUCUGUUAUAAUUUAUAGAGUAUACACGAUGCGUCGCCGUUGUUUGCUGCCAUAGCUUCGUUGACAUUUCUCUGACAAACACAUGAUUAGGGUUCAAAAGCCAAAUGCCAAAACUAAGAAAUUCUGGAGAAACCGUUAUUACCCAAGCACGGUGCAUAGCGAAACUGUUUUCUUUAUUUGCUAUAAACGACUGUGCUAGGCGAUUGACGGUCCGGAAUUUUCCCCCAAAGUGAAUUUUGACAGUUGGCUUUUGAGCCCUAAUCAUAUGUUUGUCGAGAUUUGAACUCACUGUUGUCCGCAGAAUAGAAAUUCCACGUGAAAUUUUUUUUCUCGUUUUUUAUUGAAAGUCACCUAAUUUCUGUGAAUAUUUAAACUGGUGAACUUACUUUUCAACUCUCAAUGAUUUCUAGCCUUUCAUGAAUAAAAAUUCAAUUUGUCGCUUGUUCGCCAUGGAAAGCCGAACUUCUAGUGUGUAGCUAUUUGCUUUUACAUUGACCAUACAUGCAAUCCUUAUUUUGAAAAACCCUUAAAAUUUGUUGCAAUUAAAAAAAGAACAAUAGGACCCAGGUCAGUCUAUAGCAACUUUUCAACAACAGACGUAAGCCGAUAACUACAUAUAAAAUAUCAGUUACAUUGGCAAUUCGGUCAGAAAUCUGGAGGCACUAACAACAGCGCCUCUUCCGGAGUAGGCUUAAAAUAGUACUUUGUAUAUUGAUAUACGCACACAUAGAUACUUUAACAUCAAGUUCUACCUUUAGACGAUAGAGGCGCUAUAACCCAUGUUGCUUCUUAUGUUUAUCGGUAAAGAGAUGCCAGGCUUCUCGAUAUCUAGACUUUGCCUAAAUCGUACUUUCUUGAUUAUUUCAUCUAUAGUCCUGUAAAUUCUAGGUUCUAACCGAUAGUGCGAAAGAAACUAGUAUAUAGAAAAAGAAUUUUCACAUGAAAGGUCUAAUGCACAACAAAUGCUCUGAACAAAGUCUUUCUAUAACAAGGAGUUGUUAGCGGUGGUGAAUACUUACGCUUGGUAUAACGUAAUCAUUCCCAUAUGUUAAAGAAUCUUGUAUUGCUAAUCAUUGUAUAAUCUACACAGCUGAAAAAAAUGCUUCUUUUAAAUUAAAUUUAGGUACUUUUGAGUCUGAUGUCUCAAUUGCACUUAUUAAUGUUUUCGAAAACAAAACGAGAGUUUCGUCUCCAUCAAGCUAUUCCGAUCAAUAAAGUGCUAUUGAGUUAUUGCAGCUAUACUCAAAAUUAGGUAAAAUUUACUUAAAUGCGACUAUACUUAACCCAAUGUUGAGUAUAAAAACCUGUUUAGACGUGGAUCAAUGAUGGAAGCUACCUUCAACGCGAUUUACCUAAAUUUAUCUUAUUCAAAGAUACCCUAAAGUUAAGUCAAAAGAACAUGGGUAAUUUUUCCUAUGCGUGCAUUUCAUGGCGUUGUUGUUAUACAGGAAACAAUCGAGCGCAAACGAAUCCAUAAUAAACGUCAAAACGUUUUUUACUCGCAUUGUGUGGUGCAUUGCAGUUAAGUCACCAUGUAGAUUUUAGAAAAGAUUGGCAACUAUUAGACCUGAAAACAACGCAAUUUUCGUUUCGACACAUUAAAGAACCUUCUUAUGAGGACUUUGUACUCUCUGAACAUAUUACUUACACGCUCGUUCAAAAUUCGCAUUAUGAACUCCAUUUUAGGGUACUUUUGAAUGAGCAUGUAGGUUCAAUAUUUUGUAAUAAUUCGCGCAAAUAACAUAGCGACAUAGGAAAUUUUAUCAAAUCAAAUAUUACAGAAGCUAUGGCAAUUGGGUACUUGUGUUAAUGUAUAGACUAAAUGCCCUAAAAAAUUAUUCACAGUAACUACAACCACAGAUGUAGCCACGAAUAAGCAACCAAGUAAAACAAACAAUAACAUAGAUACAAAAUAGUCAUCCUUUUGAAGCUAUAGUCAGUACUGCAUUAGUUAGGCGUAGAAGAAAUCCAGAAAACAGACGACUCAUAUUUCUAAAUCAUGUACGUAAAUCGAAACGAAUUCGAAGAUUUCAGUGUUUUUGUAACUGUGAGAAGCACUCUCGGUGUGACAUAUAAAAUAGGCUUUUUGCGGUGCCGGUGGUUCAGCGGCAAACGUGUCUGCUUCUCUCCCUGUGCGUCUGCGUUUAAUCGAACAUUAAAUACGCUGAAUCCUUCUGGAUAAGACUCACCAUCUCUAUCGUUUGUUUACCAUUUAUCUGUCAAUGUCAUUCCAAUCGACCACGAGACUUGUCAAAAGUAGAGCACUCUAGUUAGAGUGUGGCCACGAGGAAGAAGAAGACACAUGACGUAUCCAAACGAGCAUGAAAUUUGACGUAUUUCUAUUGUUAAGAUGCUAAAUUUCAUGCUCUUUUGGAUACGUCAUGUGUCUUCUUCUUCCUCGUGGCCACACUCUAACUAGAGUGCUCUAGUUAAAAGCAGGAAGAAAAUCGCUUUGAAUCCUUCUCGAAUGAGGCCGUUGACAGAUCUGGGGCUCGAUUGGAAUAACACUGACUGAUAAAUGGCAAACAAACGAUAGAGAUGGUGAAUAUCCAGAGAGAUUUAGCGUCGUUAUCCAACAUGAUAACCAUGUCGCCUUAAAAACAAUGGCCUGAAAACCGUGGAAAAUUAGACAGUUCAUGUCGGCAACCAUAAACGAUGCUGCUGGACGCCACGUCAAAAACUGACCUGAUGAGCAGUUUUAACCCUUUAGAUAUCGCCGGAAAAAACUAAAUGUUAGUAUCAUUAUCAGCUCGAUUCAUACAAUAUAUUGCCAUACACUUCUAACCGUCAAAGUAAACUUCACUUUUUUGACUGUUUACAUGGUAUUAGAGUUUUUGUCGAUUGUUUGUUUUUGUCGAUUAGCUCGAAGCAAAUGCAAGCCCAUGUACUAACGAUUUUCCAAGAAUGUUCACAAGAAUUUAUUUGUAGCGUCACGUGCCUCUUAUCUCAAAAGGAUGACUAAAGCGAAGCAUCGAUAGCGAAGGCGACGUCUAGCAAUAUGUUAUCAAUGUCAGUCUGACUACAGGAACAUGCCUUGUAAAUCGUCACCGAAAACACACUUAAAACUCGUUAGUAUAAAUGUUACCAAUGAUCCGAUUUUAAAUCGCUUAAAUACUACAACUAGUGCUGGUCUUAUGAACCAAUUUCUGUACGAAUACACCAAGUUUUUUUUCGAAAUGUUUAUAAUUUGAUAUUACUUGCUACUUUGGUCUUCAGAAAUUCAGGUUUGAGCUUUAGGGCUGUUAAUUCUCUACGCAAACCUAGAAAUCUGUCCCUAACUACAACAUCAAUACCACUAUUCCAAUUAACUUCUGAGUUUUGCCCUUUUCUAUCCGAAAUCUUAAGCAUAAUGUGAAUUGAUCCGUGCUUUCUUAUUCCGUUUGGGAACCUGGAAUUUAACCUAUACAAAAUAAUAAGUAGUAGUAAUCUCAGUUAUCCUUUAAUUCAACUAACCGUACUACUAUUAUAUAUAAGCUUUAAAAUGAUUUCAGUGUAAACAAUCUGAAUAUUACUACUGAACUUUGUCCUCUAUCAAUUCAAACGUUGCAAAUCAAGGUGGUUUUCGCUUGGGAUGCAUCAAGCCAAACUACUGUCAGUUUCAACUAACAACUGACUACUCAGGUUCCAAUUCACAAAAAAAGAGAUCAAUUUCUUCUUCAAAUUGUGGGAAAACAAUUUUUGUUAGGAUGCAACGAAAGUUUCCGCCAAAAAGUUAAUACAUAUGUAUGACAGGCCGUCUUAUUGUUUGACAACACUUCCAUGAGUGCUUCCUUCACUGGGCGAGAAAGCACACAGAAAGAUGAAAAAAUACCCAAAGAAUAGGGUAUUUUAACUUAAAUUCAGUUCUGCAUCUCAUUUCUAGAAAUUUUAUGCAACACGUCAUAUCCAACGAUGAGACUCUCUUUGUUUACAUUCUCUUUCGAUUUUUACGUCACUAUAGCACUUUUUACUAAUUUUACGGUACAGAUCGAAAGACGGUGGAUUUGACCAGCAAACAGUUAUAUGGUCGGUGUUAAGUCAGAUCGGACUAAGUCGCAAAACAUCGAAAAAUGAGAUAAUGAUAGUACUGGAUAAAGAAUUUCGUCAGCUACAUUGAACUUUUGCCAGAUUUUAAAUAUGCAACAAUAAACAGGAAUUAUGGCAAAAAUAAUUUGCCAAUUAUAAUAUAAAGGAUGCUGCGAUUCAAACUUUAAACUCGCUUUUCUCGAAAUCAAUAUUUUGUCACUUAGUCCGGUCUGACUUAACGCCGACCAUAUAAACAAAUGUUGAAGCUACUGAAUUAUUAACAGAAGGGGUAAACAAAAAGUCUCUUCUUGUUAAAUAAGUUUGUUUGAAAAAACAAAAAAACCUCGAGAUUUGCACUUUUUAGUGUUGUCUAAAACGAAACGAGACAUUCAACUUUAAUUACUAAUAGCCAUAACACUGUCAGUAUCGGUUGUAUAGGUGAUGUACGAGUAUCGUAAGAGACAUCAGAGAGCAGUGGACAUGUAGAAUCGGUUACAAACUCCUGAAUAUAAAUCAGUGCUCCCAAACCUGAUCCAGAACCUUUCACGUAUGUACAAAUAACAUUAAAGUUCGACAUAGUCUGACCAAAAGGAAUCCCGACGUGAGUAUCUGAAACUAUUUUCUCCACUGGGUUCUUGCGUUGACAUUUUACAAUUUACGCCGAAUUGAGAGUAAUACCCCAUAAGCGAUAUAUGUAAACUGAACAACUAUUGACUAAAUAAGGGAUGUAUACAUAUUGCGAUCAAGACGAUUACUGCCGCCAGUGCGAUGCAUUAAAAGCAGUAACUGGACACACUGUUCGCUAACUGCUAAUACGUUUAAUAGAGUUAUUUACAUUUAUUGCUAUAGUAUCUGCUCUAGGAAAUCUAAAACCCAGCCGAGUAAAACAAAUUAAAAAAACAAAUUCCAUCUCUGCAUUAUGAUUUCGUUUAAGUUUACUGCUUAUAUUGGUUUUCCUAAAUUUUUGCUGUCGGUUUCAAAACCAAGUAAAAGAAAAGGCAGCUUUGAAAUUCUUUGUUUAAUACCUUAAUUGUACAUUUUGAAGAACGCUAAGUUGUAUUGAUAUAGUUUAUAAAACAAUUUCCAACUUUGUGUAAAAUAAUGAAAAAAAAAAAAACAAUCUAGAAUAUUAUAUAACACUAUAGAACUCGUAAUGAAUAUUAGUGUUAUUAAACAAUCAAUAGAUACUACUUAAAAGUGUAAGAUCUUCAAGAAGCGGGAGAUAAAACUACGGAUAAAGCGAUACGCUAGCAAAACAAUAUUAUUUUAUGUUAGAACAAGUAGCCUUAAAUUGUAUAGAAAUCAGGAAAGCAACAAACCCGCAAUAGAUAACCAAAAGAAAAACAAAACAGUUACAUAGUCCAGCAAAAAAUGUGUAUGCCAUAGUAUAUUUAUAUAGGACACUAACCAACUCUCUUAAUCUGUAAUUCAAUCAACCGAAAUUUACCAAAAAAAAAUUAUGAUGCACAGAUAGUACGUAUUGUUAUGAUUCAUGAAGGAUAACUGCGAUAACGCUGCGGAACAUAAUCAAAAAAUUUCGAUUACUAGAAUUCAAUGAGUCCUUACCGAGAAGUGUCGAUGGAAAGGUUGAAUAAAAUCGUUAGAAUCAGUCGGAUAAUUUCUGUAGGAGUGAAAAUACAAAUAAAGAUAUAAGAAAAGCGAAAUUUAAA